UGUGAAAGGGGUGGGGGUUGGGGUGGCAUUGAGUCUGGUGUUGCCUAACCUGUUUUCCAGCUCAGGUGGUGGUCCGAGAAGGCAUUUAACUGACCGAUCCUCUUAAGUUGACAGAACAGCUGAGGUACAGAGGAGACAACAUUGCCUGGGCUUUUGGAGGACACAUCUCUAAGACAUCACAAGGUAAGUCCUUCCUAUCCUAUGCCCUAAUCCGAGCCCAGCGAGCCCCAGCAUACAAAGAUUAGCUUUAUAAGGCUUUUGAUGCAAUUAGAAUGAGAUAUUUAACAUUGUCAUUUGUGCUGAUGGUACAAUGGGAACUUCAAUCAGUUUAGUGCUCUUGUAUGUAGAGUACAGAGGCCUAACAGUGUUAAUUAUGCUGUGUUGAAGCUAGUAAUGGAUUUAUAGUUUCUGCAAUUUUAUGAAAUUCUUCUAGUUUUAUAUUUUAAAUGUCUUGCUGAACAGAUUAAAUUGUCCCUCAUGAAAUUGCCUUGACCUAAAUGUAAAUGAGCGGGUGAAGGUAGUAAAUAAUUUGAUUUGUGUGACCCUACGACUUGAUUUGUGUGAUAUCGACAUUUGUGGGUGGAUGUAGGGUCAUAUUUCGGCACAUGGGUUAUUGUUGUUGGCUGAUUGUUAAUGAACUUGGCACUUGGUGUCACCCUGAAAGAUAGUUUGUCAAAAUACCUUGCCCAGAACUGUAGAUUGAUCAAUGAUUGGUGAAGUGGAUUUUGCUAGUGGGGUACUAUUCAUCAAACAUAUAAUUCCUGUUAGAUGUACAUCACAGCAAGCAACACAUUCCAUAUUUAAAGGGAGUUCUAUGAGACAAUGAUUGAAAUACUGUAUACCAUUUCAUAAUGUUAUGGUGGCUUCAUUCUCAUCUGACCACUGAAGAAUGUAAUGCAACAGCAACACCUCAGAGAUAUCAAGUAACAAUGGUACUAUAAAAGACACUAUGCACCUGUUUCCGGGACACAGAUUAAGCCUAGUCCUGGUCUAAAAAGCAUACUCAACUGGAGAAUCUCAAUAGAGAAUUUUAGACCAGGACUAGGCUUAAUCUGUGUCCCGGAAAAAGGUGCAUAGUGUCUUUUAUAGUACCAUUGUUACUUGAUAUCUCUGAGGUGUUGCUGUUGCAUUACAUUCUUCAUAGUGGUCAGAUGAGAAUGAAGCCACCAUAAAAUUAUGAAAUGGUAUACAGUAUUUCAAUCAUUGUCUCAUAGAACUCCCUUUACAUAUGGAAUGUUGCUUGCUGUGAUGUACUGUACAUCUAACAGGAAUUACAUAUCAAGCCAAGCCAUUCAUUUGGUAUUUUUACUUGCCUUUAAAUGAAGCCACAAUAAUAAACCCACAACUAUUGACUUGCUUCAAUCUUCUUUUACUUCUAAUAUUUAUCCUCAGAGAUUGAAACAACUUUUUUCCUUUUCAUGAAACAGAGAGACCGGUAAAAGUUGUAACCAAAAGUAUGUGGCUUCAUGUUUUGCAUUUUCACAGAAUGCAUUUGUGGUCGUGUAAUAAUGUAAUGUUUUGAAGCCAAUAUCAUGACACUCAUAAUUCCACUUACACCAUUUCUUCUUUCUGACAUGCUGCCCACCCGACCCCUCAGUGUAGGUGACGCAUUGACAUUCAUUGAAAGUAGUGGGUGUGGCAGUAUGCGGCUGUGGUAGUAGGUAUAGCAUGUAAGCUAGCAUGCAUCUCAACCAACUGGUUUGCGAUACAUUCCCCUGAGCAUCCUGGCCAUGCCUGGGAUUCCUGAGGUGUGAGGCUGUGGUUAGGUGUCGCUGUCACUCUAUCUGUCAAUCAGGCAGCAGUAAAUUGAAGGCAGAGAGCUUUGACAAGCUUUAGUGUGGAUAUUAAGAAUGAUUGUCAUUAUAAACAAUAGUGAUGAUAGUACCUUUUUAAGAAACAUACACUGAGUGUACGAAACAUUAAGAACACCUUCCUAAUAUCGAGUCUGUCAUGGUAAGAGCAGGUGUUAAUGUUUUGUGUAGUCAGUGUAUAGUAUAGUCCAAUUACUAUUUUGGUUGGUUGUUGCGUGUUAUGAUAUGAUAACUCUAGUAUUGAUGCGAGAAUGUAGUAAGAAUGUAAUAUGUAGUUUUGUUUAGAAUGAUAGUCGUCCUACCCUUUUAUUGAAAUGAGUGGCAUUCCUAGGCUAUAACACAUUUUGUGUGAUGAAUUGUUUAUCAUUUUGUAUGAGGGGGGUUAGGGCGUCUUGAGACAUAGCAAAAGUCUAGGAAAGACUGUUCAGGUGUAAGUCUGAGCAGAGAGAUACAUUAACUCUGUACUAAAGUUUGUCAUGUGCAUAAAAAGUAGUUUUUACUUCAAACAAGUGGUAUGCGUUUGUGUGUGUGCGUGCACAUGUGCAUGCGUGGAUGUUUCACCCGCUGGGCUGGGAGAGGAUGUGGUUUUCUGCUAGCUACACCUCUCAAAACAUUUACCGGUUAUAUCAACACAUAUAUAUAUUUUUAUAAUGUGAGAAAGUUUUGUAAUUAUACUGAACAAAACUAAAAUAAAAGGCCACUAAAAUGUGCAUAGAUAUCUCAAGUUUUGAGGGAGCGGGCAAUUGGCAUGCUGACUGCAGGAAUGUCCACCAGAGCUGUUGCCAGAGAAUUGAAUGUUAAUUUCUCUACGAUAAGCUGCCUCCAACAUCGUUUUAGAGAAUUUGGCAGUAUGUCCAACCGGCCUCACAAUCGCAGACCACGUGUAACCACGCCAGCCCAGGACCUCCACAUCCGGCUUCUUCACCUGCGGGAUCGUCUGAGACCAGCCACCCGGACAGCUGAUAAAACUGUGGGUUUGCACAACCGAAUAAUUUCUGCACAAACUGUCAGAAAACUUCUCUGGGAAGCUAAUCUGCGUGCUCGUCGUCCUCACCAGGGUCUUGACCUGACUGCAGUUUGGUGUCGUAACCGUCUUCAGUGGGCAAAUGCUCACCUUUGAUGACCACUGGCAUGCUGGAGAAAUGUGCUCUUCACGGAUGAAUCCUGGUUUCAACACUCCCAGGCAGAUGGCAGACGUGUGGGCGAGCGGUUUGCUGAUGUCAACAUUGUGAACAGAGUGCCAUAUGGUGGUGGUGGGGUUAUGGUAUGGGCAGGCAUAAGCUAUGGACAAUGAAGACAAUGUAAUGUAAAUGUAAGACAAUUGCAUUUUAUCAAUGGCACUUUGAAUGCACAGAGACACCGUGACGAGAUCCUGAUGCUCAUUGUCGUGCCAUAUAUCCGCCGCCAUCACCUCAUGUUUCAGCAUGAUAAUGCACGACUCCAUGUCGCAAGGAUCUGUACACAAUUCCUGGAAGCUGAAAAUGUCCCAGUUCUUCCAUGGCCUGCAUACUCACCAGACAUUGAGCAUGUUUGGGAUGCACUGGAUCAACGUGUCCAGUUCCCACCAACAUCCAGCAACUUCGCACAGCCAUUGAAGAGGAGAGGAACAACAUUCCACAGGCUACAAUCAACAGCCUGAUCAACUCUAUGCGAAGGAGAUGUGUUGCGCUGCAUGAGGCAAAUGGUGGUCACACCAGAUACUAACUGGUUUUCUGAUCCACGCCCCUACCUUUUUUUAAAGGUAUCUGUGACCAACAGAUGCAUAUCUGUAUUCCCAGUCAUGUGAAAUCCAUAGAUUAGGGCCUAAUGAAUUUAUUUCAAUUGACUGAUUUCCUUAUAUAAAUUGUAACUCAAAAUCGUUGAAACUGUUGCAUGUUGCAUUUAUAUUUUUGUUUGGUGUAGUAACAGCAAUUAUUUCCACAUUUUCAUUGUAGAACGGUACCCUACAAUAAAAACAGUAUUAUAUUAGGUUGAAAUUGAUUUUUCAUUUGGCUGUCACAAAAUAAGGGAAAAUUGUCCUUGAAGAUGUUUCAAUGUCCAUUUUAUUGUAGUGCAAGAUACAACCCUGUAAGAUUGUUUUAUUUUUUAUAGAGUUCUGCUUCUUAAACCAUAUUAUUAACUGCACCUCACUUCUUUUUUGUUGUUGUUUUUACAGGUUAUAGUGGACAUCUUUCUUGAUAUGCUGCUGUAAAUAUACUUCAGAAAUCAUGGUGAGUGAAAUACUUUAUUUAUACAAUUUCCUGACAUUUCAUAACCUUUCAUGCUUCCCAUUAAAGAGGCAAUCUAUGAUUGGUACAUCCAUUUUAGGACUUUUAAAUUAAUUAUACCCAUUGAUUAAUGAAGAAUCUAACUUAUAAAAGCUUCAUGAGCUUAGUUCCAGUGUCAUACCAUCAGAACCCAAAAUAUAUAAUCUUAUGUUGCUCCAUUGUUAGUAAACAAUGGAAUUGUAAACCAACACUAGCCUCAAAACAUGAUUAAAACUAUACUUUUUAUAUCAUGGUUGCUCAGUCCUUGCAUCCAUAGCUCUGUCUAUGAAUUUGAGAGUCUCCCUUAGGCCACUGAGCCUCCCGAGUGGCGCAGUGGUCUAAGGCACUGCAUCGCAGUGCUAGCUGUGCCACUAGAGAUCCUGGUUCGAAUCCAGGCUCUGCUGUAGCCGGCCGCAACCGGGAGACCAAUGGGGCGGCGCACAAUUGGCCCAGCGUCGUCCAGGGUAGGGGAAGGAAUGGCCGGCAGGGAGGUAGCUCAGUUGGUAGACGCCAGGGUUGUGGGUUCGAUUCCCACGGGGGGCCAGUAUAAAAAAAAAUAUAUAUAUAUAUAUGCAAUGUAUGCACUAACUGUAAGUCGCUCUGGAUAAGAGCGUCUGCUAAAUGACGUAAAUGUAAAUGAGAGUGGUUACAUUUCUCCAGCCUCACCCCUCAACUUCUUACGAAAACAGUGUUUGAACUGCAGAUUUCCCCUUUAAAGAACAGAAGCCUUGAGGAAGUGUGUUCUCCUAAAAACAAGCUAUCUAUCCUGGGGUGUAUUCACAGUCUAAGAAAUCAGAUCCUAAAACCAUACAGAUGUUGUCUUCCCAGAGUCUUUGAAUACUGCUCACAUGCUAAAGUAACUGUUACAAACAGUUGAUGCUUAAACUUCAUGAUAGUGACUACAAUUGAUUUGAUUUAAUUGUAUUUGACUGUUGACCUCUUACUAGAAUGGGAAAAGUCGGCAAAGACGUUACUCCGAAAGCUUGGUCCUGGAGGAUUCAGACAGAGGAGGAGUUGUCAUCACUGGAAUCACAGACCCUAGUGUCACUCAUAAGAGUGGCUUGAAAGAAGGUAAAAUGUCACAUACCAGUUAAUUUCUACUAAAAAACGUUCCUAAUUAUAAAAUGUAAAGCAUAUGUACUUUGUAUUUUUAGUUGUACAUAUAAGAAAACGACAGAGAUAUUCUUUCAAGCCUCCAUUUUUUCCCUACUGUUUUAGGCGAUGAGAUUGUUGCUGCCACCAUACAUCUUAACCACCUCAGUAAAGAUGACCUGAUGGAAAUACUCAAGAUCAUGGAGCCUUACGAAGACAACAUGAGUUUUGUGACAAAGCCUGGUCUGAAAGCCAGCGCCAGUCUCGGCUCAUUGGACGGUGGUCUCAAAAGUCCCGGGGAUGUAAGUAUCAGAAUCAAAUUUACUUCAUGAUUUAUGCCAGCAGUCAUUACACUAUGCUCAAGGUGCCUUUUCAUUUCUGAACAAUUAUAUCAAUAAUGUAUUAUGGAUCAUUACUUAGUAUUUGUCCAUUGACUACCACUUAAUUGCUAUUUGAUUGUCAACAGAUGCUCAAAGAUACCUACAGCAGAAUGCAGCGAGCAGUUGAGGCACCAUCUAUUGAGGUUGUUGGCCUCAGUGGACAAUUAAAUGCAGAAGGCAGGUUGAAUAAUGAAAUCAAUGGUCCCACUUUGAAUGGGAAAUUGCCCAAUGUGACCUUGGACACACCUGGAACUGAUGGAGGUGCAAAGUUUCCAAUGCCCACCAUUGGAAUGUCUGGGCCUGUAAUGAAAGGAGCAGAUCAGGAGGGCACCCUCAGAGGCCCUAAAGUCAGUCUAUCAACACCAGAGCUCAGCACUUCAGAUGCUUCACUUGACUUGGAGAAACCAGCGGUUAAGACGAGUGGAUUGAAGUACAAGCAUCCAAAAUUCAAAAUGCCUCACUUCAAACCACCACACAUAAAAGCCAAAGCGCCAAAGGGAGACGUGAAUGUAUCAGCAGAUUUAGAAGGCCCUGGUCUCAGUGGAGAGCUAGAGACACGAGACCUGACCCUCUCAGCCCCUGAUGUGGAAAUCAAAUGCCCAGAUGUAGAUUUGAAUGGGCCAAAUGCUGACUUGAAAGCUCCAGAUGUUGACAUUGAGGCUCCAUCAGGCAAAUUCAAAUGGCUUACUCUCACAAAGCCCAAGUUCAGAUUAUCUGGACCAAAAGUGAAGGGACCUGAAGUGGACAUAGAUGCUGACCUGUCUGCACCUGACAAUCUCUCCACUCCCAACAUUGAUGGAGAGAUAAGCGCACCAGAUGUAGACCUGAGUUUACCAAAAGCUGAGGUAGAUCUGCAAGCUCCAGAUAUCGACAUUGAGGCUCCCUCAAGUAAAUUCAAAUGGCCUCAUUUAAAGAAACACAAAUUUGGUCUUCAUGGGCCCAAAGUCAACCCCCCUGGUGUGGAUUUUAAGGCAGAUCUGGAGACACCAACUGUUGAUCUUUCUGUCCCAAAAAUUGAGGCUGAGAUGAGCAACCCAGAUUUAGAAUUGAAUUUACCCAAAGCAGACCUCAGUAGCCCUGAGGUAGAUGUAAAAGUCCCUGAUGUUGACAUUCAUUCUCCCACUGGGAAACUUAAGUUCCCAAAACUCAAAAAGCCAAAUUUCAGGCUCUCUGGACCAAAUAUAAAAGCUCCAGACAUUGAUGUUGAUGCAGAUCUGAAAGCACCUGACCUCAGUCUCUCUGUCCCUGAAGUUGAGGCAGGGCUUAACAUGCCUGAUUUGCACACCAAUUUGCCAAAUGAUAUCAAAGGCCCUGAAGUAGACCUGAACGCAUCAGAAGUGGACAUUGAGCCCCCUUCAGGGAAAUUGAAAUUGCUUACUCUAAAAAAGCCCAAGUUUCAUCUCUCUGGACCCAAGGCUAAGGGUCCCAAAGACUUCAAUCUCUCCACUCCAAAUAUUGAUGGAGAAAUACAUGCACCAGAUGUAGAUCUUAAUUUACCCAAAGCUGACCUUGAAGGCCCAGUGGUAGAUGUUGACAUUGAUGCACCCUCUGGAAAAGUCAAGUGGUUCAACCUAAAGAAGCCCACAGCUGAUUUGAAAGGUCCAGAUGUAGAUCUUCAGGCACCAGAGGUCGACAUUAAGACACCCUCUGGUAAGCAUAGAUUUCCAACUUUAAAAAUGCCCACAAUUAACUGGACUGGACAUAAGGUGAAGGGACCAAAGCUUGAUGCUGAUCUGAAGAGAGCAGAUUUGGACCGACCAGCUCCCGUGGUUGAUGUGAAUUUACCAGGAGCAGAUCUCCAAGGCCUUGAUCUUAACCUCUCCGCACCAGCAAUUACAGCAGAUAUUGAUGUUCCAGAUGUAGAUCUUCAGGCACCAGAAGUCAACGUUGAGGCACCCACUGGAAAGCAUAGAUUUCGAACUUUAAAAAUGCCCAAAAUUAACUGGUCUGGACAUAAGGUGAAGGGACCAAACCUUGAUAUUGAUGCUGAUCUGAAGAAAGCAGAUUUGGACCUCUCAGCUCCGGAGGUUGAUGUGAAUUUACCAGAAGCAGAUCUCCAAGGCCCUGAUCUCAACCUCUCAGCACCAGCAAUUGAAGGAGACAUCGCUGUUCCAGAUAUCAAUGUCAGUUUGCCUGAAGCUGACCUCAAAGGACCAGAUGUAGAUUUAGACCUUGAUGCUCCCUCUGGAAAAUUCAAGUUGCCGAAACUAAAAUGGCCAAAAAUAAGAAAAGUAAAAGGACCGGAACUUGAUGUAGAUGCUGAUCUUAAGACCCCAGAAUUAGAUGUUGAUGUUAAUUUACCUGAAGCAGAUCUGAAAGGGCCUCGUCUCGACUUGAAAACAACAGAUCUCAACCUCUCAGCACCAGCAAUUGAGGAAGACUUUACUGUUCCAGAUUUGAAUAUCAGUUUGCCUAAAGUUGACCAUGAUGCUCCCUCUGGAACAUUGAAGUUACCAAAAUACAACCCCCCAAAAUUCAGUUUAACAGGACCAAGAGUUAAAGGACCAAACCUUGAUGCUGAGCUAAAGGCCCCAAAAUUGGAUGUCUCUGUUCCUGAUGUGGAUGUCAGUUUGCCAACAGCUGACUGCCAAGCCCCUGUAGUAGAGCUGAAAACACCAGACCUUUCUGCCCCCAAAAUCAAGGGAUCUAUGGCUGCUCCAGGUUUGAGUACCAGUUUGCCUGAAGCUGGCAUUAAAGGUCCAGCGGUGGAUCUUAAAGCCCCAGAAGUUGACCAUGAUGCCCCAUCUGGAACCUUCAAGUUGCCCAAAUUCAAACUCCCCAAAUCCAGUUUAACAGGACCAAGAGUUAAAGGACCAAACCUUGAUGCUGAGCUAAAGGCCCCAAAAUUGGAUGUCUCUGUUCCUGAUGUGGAUGUCAGUUUGCCAACAGCUGACUGCCAAGCCCCUGUAGUAGAGCUGAAAACACCAGACCUUUCUGCCCCCAAAAUCAAGGGAUCUAUGGCUGCUCCAGGUUUGAGUACCAGUUUGCCUGAAGCUGGCAUUAAAGGUCCAGCGGUGGAUCUUAAAGCCCCAGAAGUUGACCUUGAUGCCCCAUCUGGAACCUUCAAGUUGCCCAAAUUCAAACUCCCCAAAUCCAGUUUAACAGGACCAAGAGUUAAAGGACCAAACCUUGAUGUUGAGCUAAAGGCCCCAAAAUUGGAUGUCUCUGUUCCUGAUGUGGAUGUCAGUUUGCCAACAGCUGACUGCCAAGCCCCUGUAGUAGAGCUGAAAACACCAGACCUUUCUGCCCCCAAAAUCAAGGGAUCUAUGGCUGCUCCAGGUUUGAGUACCAGUUUGCCUGAAGCUGGCAUUAAAGGUCCAGCGGUGGAUCUUAAAGCCCCAGAAGUUGACCUUGAUGCCCCAUCUGGAACCUUCAAGUUGCCCAAAUUCAAACUCCCCAAAUCCAGUUUAACAGGACCAAGAGUUAAAGGACCAAACCUUGAUGCUGAGCUAAAGGCCCCAACAUUGGAUGUCUCUGUUCCUGAUGUGGAUGUCAGUUUACCGACAGCUGACCUCCAAGCCUCUGUAGUAGAGCUGAAAACACCAGACCUGGACCUUUCUGACCCCAAAAGUAAAGUGGUCCUUGAAGGACUAGAUGUAGAUCUCCAAGCCCCAGAUGUUGAUCUUAAUGCUUCUGUUGACCUUAAUGUUGAUGCUGAUCUGAAGACACCAAAUUUUGCCAUCUCCGCUCCUAAGGCUGAUGUGAAUUUACCAGAAGUAGAUCUCCAAGGUCCUGGUCUAGACCUGAAAGCACUAGAGCCCAACCGUUCUGCCCCCAAACUUGAGGGUGAAGUGAAUGUACCAGAGAUAAGAAUCAAUGUACCCAAACCUGACCUCAAAGGACCUGCAGUAGAUCUAAAAGCUCCAGAUGUAGACAUUGAUGCCCCUUCAGGCAAAUUCAAAUUGCCUCAUUUUAAACUCCCCACAUUUGGCCUUUCAGGUUCUAAACUGAAGGGACCAAAACGUGACAUUGAUACACCUGACAUUAAUAUUUCAGUUCCCAGAGUUGAGACUCGGCUUGAAACCCCAAAGGUAGAUUUAGCUGUACCUCAAGCAUACCUCAAUCUAUCUGAUCCUAAUGUUAAAAGUUAUAUUAGUGCUCCAGAUGUAAAUCUAAGUUUACCAAAAACGGACUACUCUGGCCCUGAGGUUGAGUUGAAUGGUCCUGAUCUAAGUCUCUCUACCCCAGGAAUUGAAGUAAGUGUCCCAGACAUUAAAGGCCCUGAGGUUGAGUUGAAAGCUCCAGAUGUUGACAUUGCGGCUCCCUCUGGAAAACUGCCUCAUUAUAAGAUGCCAAAGUUUGGUCUCUCAGGACCUAGAAGAAAGGGAACAGAAUAUAAUGCUAGUGCAGAUGUAAAUAUACCUGAUGUGGAAGUUUUAUUCCCCAAAGUUGAGGGAGAGAUUAGUACACCUGAACUGAGUCUCUCUGCUCCUGGCAUUGAGGCCAGUGCUGACAUGCCAGAUUUGGAUGUAAAUUUACCAGAAGCUGACCUCAAAGUAGAUGUUGAGGAAGAGGGAGACACUCACAAAAGUACGUUCAAAUGGCCAUUCAAGUCGCCAAGCUUUAAAUCAUCUGGCUCAAAAGGUAAAGAUUCUGACAUGGACGAUGAGGAAGAACAGAGUAGGAAUGAAUCAAAGAGUGAUCAGGUAGAGGUACCAAUGUUUACCUUUCACAGACUGCCACAGACCAACAAGAUUGAGAGUGCAUUCCAAGAUGCUGCCAAGGCCCUUGGUGAGGCGAUUGACACACAAAAUCUUGACGGAGGCCUUGAAACAGCUGGCGCAGAGGUCAGUUUGCCUAAAGUGAAUGAAGGACAGAAGGUGACAUCACCUUCAGGACUUAUUAACAUCAUGGAGCGGUUGAAGAGAUUUAAAGCAAAAACACCCACAGCUAAUGUCUCCCUACCAGAAGUGAAAGGUGAGCUCCGUGCCCCUAGCCUUAAUGUCAGGUCCACCUCAGACGCAGACAGUUCCACUUUGCUAAAAAGAGGGACUUUCAAAGUUACGAAACCUAAAUCUGGGGUAGGCCUGGAAUACCCUGUAGUGGACUCAUCGGAGGGAAACGAUAUCAUAUCAAUAAGCCUCUCCAAUAUGCUUGGUCUGAAUAUCAAAGAACCCGAUGCAGAUUAUUGA